GCGCGGUGUCGAUGGCGUUGCUUCGGAGGAACGCUCGCCCGAUGACGGAGACGGACGGCGUAGGCACAGGCGAGGCCACAUUGCUUAGGCUCAGGCCUGUUUGGCCGGUGGCCGCGAAGUACGAGGGGAGCCCGCUCCAGCACGAGCUGCGGCUGUUCGGGUCGAGCGCCGAGGAGCUGAGGAGACUGCCGGGCUGGAAUUGGUGCGAGACGACACCCGACGGCGAUGAGUACGAGACGGCGGUGGAUGGCAUCCCGCCAGGGCCGCGUCGGCGCAGCCUGCUCGGGUGGGACGCUUCAUCUCUCCGCCUGCUGCGAGGCAAGUUCGACAGGUGCCCUGAGUACCCCACGGACGAGCAAUCGGUGAGGAAGACAGUCGAGCACUCCCGCGUGCAAGUGCAUACGGGUACCCCGCAACCGCCGUCAUCAGACUUCGUGAACGGCACGAGAUCAGUGAAGGCGCCAUCUAGGAGCGCGCUCAAGGACAUGGACGCCGCCCUGGUGCCGCUGGAGCCCGCCGGAAGCGCUACGGGAGCGGGCGCACGCCCAUUGAGGCGGGCGGCCGCCGACUGUUGUUGGAUCGUGUACGGUUGCGGGGGACCCGAUGUGGUAGGCUUCGAGGUCGAGUCGAUCAAGGCCGUGGACGGCGGCGCGAGCGAGCCGACGAUGAUGAAGCGGUACGAUGGCGGGCUCUUCGUGAUGUGCAUCCGGGUCAGGCGCGGCGCUCUGGACAGCGGGUCUUUCGCACUGCGGUCGGGGGGCACCAAGGAGGCGAAGGACGAGAACGAGCUGAGCACAUCCCCCACUCGGUGGCGGCUCCGCCGACGAGAGAGCGAGCUGGUUGAUAACGCCCAGCGGGCGCGUAAUUGGAUGCAUGGUUUCGAGCUCGGGCAUGAGGCCCAGCUGGAAUGUGACGAUAUGCAGCAGGACGUUACGCAGUACGUGCAUGGGCUGGCCCAGGGCGAGCAGCGCGCGUGCCGCGGUCUCGACGCCCCGUCAGCGCAAGUGGCCCUACGGGAGUUGCUGCGCGGCCGAUCCCUGGAUGGCGCCGGGGCGGCCAACGACUCGCUGGUGCCCUUUCAGCAAGGCCGGCUGUCGCUUGCCGAGACGGUGGGGCCCCCCCCAUACAUCGGCGACGUUUGCGGCAGACGGGGCCAUUACUUCUUGGAUCGGGAAGGCGAGCGCAUGCUUAAGCCCGUCGGCGAGGCCGAGGCCGACCUCGCGGGCGACGGCACUCAGUGCUACUGCGAUCCCGCGCUGGUGAACCGCAAGACCGUGUACGCUGCUUUUUUGAAGGGCCUGAUGGCGCGUGGCCUUCUCGACUUCAUGCCGGAGCCGCUCGAGAAGGUGGGCAUCUUCUGCGCGCAGAAGAAGGGCCGUGAGCGCCAUCGAUUUAUUCUGGAUGCUCGGCGCUCCAACCAGCACCUCAGGCGGCCAUCUAGCGUUGACCUGAUCACCGCGGAGGGCUUGAGCGGCAUCGAGCUCGAUCUGGACGCCUGCGAGAGUCCUGAGAGCGAGCUGGCGGGCGGGCUGCGCGAGAGCUUGUCCAUCAUGCCCUGUGGCUCGCUGGCUGGCAACAUGGUGGAGGGGCAGCUGCUGACGGGCAACGAGCAGGCGUGGCCCUGCCCAGUGGCCUUCCCGAUGGGCUUCUCGCGGGGUCUGUUCUAUUGCCAGGUGUCAGGAGAGGAGCUUGCAGGAAGCGGCAAGCCCCUUGGCGUGGACACCCUGCUGCGGGACCGCGGGCGGCUGCUGGUGCUGGGCUGCGAGCAGCAGGGCCCCCUUCGGCAUUGCAUUCACGUCGACAACAUGGGCGCGCUGGGAACAGGCGGGGCCAGGGUAGAGAAGACGCUCGAGGGUGCGACUGACGCCUUCACCCAGAUGGGGCUUCUGGUUCACGAGCAGGCCGUCACCUUUGGGGUCACGGAGGUGCUGGGCGCGGAGGUCGACGGGCAGCUGAUGCAGACCCGUGCGUCGGGCAAGAGGCGGCUGCGGGCCCGGCAG